GCGCACACCUCCCGCCGGGCAGCAUGGCGGACACAGUGCCGCAGCCCAACAAGAGGAAGCGCGAAGUGGAUGACGAGGAGGCGGAGGCGCUCAGCACAGAGGGGAAAGAAGCGGGCGUUGGGAAUGGUACCUCUGCCCCUGUCCGCUUACCUUUCUCCGGCUUUAGAGUGAAAAAAGUGCUGAGGGAGUCUGCGCGGGACAAAAUCAUUUUCCUACACGGGAAGGUUAAUGAGGCUUCUGGGGAUGGGGACGGAGAGGAUGCCAUUGUGAUCCUGGAGAAGACACCAUUUCAGGUGGACCACGUUGCCCAGCUCCUGAAGGGCAGCCCUGAGCUCCAGCUGCAGUUCUCCAAUGAUAUCUACAGCACCUAUCACCUGUUCCCUCCAAGGCAACUGAGUGACGUGAAGACAACCGUGGUUUACCCUGCCACAGAGAAACACCUGCAAAAGUACCUGCACCGGGACCUCCGCCUGGUCCGGGAGACGGGCGACGAUUACAAGAACAUCACCUUACCGCACCUGGAGUCCCAGAGCCUCAGCAUCCAGUGGGUGUACAAUAUUCUCGACAGGAAGGCUGAAGCUGACCGGAUUGUUUUUGAGAAUCCAGAUCCCUCUGAUGGCUUUGUCCUCAUCCCCGACCUCAAGUGGAACCAGCAGCAGCUCGAUGACCUGUAUCUGAUUGCCAUCUGCCAUCGCCGGGACAUCAAGUCGCUUCGGGACCUCACUCCAGAGCACCUGCCACUGCUCAGGAACAUCCUCCAGGAGGGGCAGGAAGCCAUCCUGCAGCGCUACCAGGUGGCGGGAGACCGCCUUCGCGUGUACCUGCACUACCUGCCCUCCUACUACCACCUGCACGUGCACUUCACUGCCCUGGGCUUCGAGGCCCCUGGCACAGGCGUGGAGCGGGCCCACCUGCUGGCCGAGGUGAUCGAGAACCUGGAGCAGGACCCCGAGCACUACGGCCGCCGCACCCUCACCUUUGCCCUCAGAGCUGAUGACCCCCUCCUCGCGCUCUUGCAGGAGGCCCAGAGAAGCUGAGUCGGAGAAGAGCACUGAUGUGUAUGGGGCGGGGGGGGAAGGGCAGCCGGAUUUUAGCACCAAGUGAAUUUUUUUUUUUUAAUAUAUUUUCUACUGGUUUCUUUCCAGCAUGAGAAUAAACUAUUGGUCUCAUUCGGUGUGGACCCACGGUGUGGGCUGCUGGGGAAGCGGAGUGGGCAGAACCUAGGGGGAAGGUCUUAAGAAGGGGGUGAGUGUCUGGGGGUCAGCCCCAGCUGGCCCGGAGGACUUGGGGCUUUCUGUAGGCCCCCGUGCACCCGUCCUGGCUGUCUUCACAUCCGGAAUCCAACUGAGCCUCCCUCUGCUUUCACUCCUUCCUGCACUGCAACCACGGGGCCCUCUGCCUUCUUCCCACUUACUGUAUCUCCACCUGUCUGGUGGAAGUAAUCGAUAGAGUCUUUUUGACAGUACUUCCUCUUUCUCUCCCCAACAUUGAGGUCACACUUCCCAUGUGUGAGCCAAUCCUGUUGAUAUACUCUUGUUGACGAGGAUGGAGCAUGGCCGCUCCUGGAAGUGGGAGGGCCUUAAUAAGAGUCAGAUGUUGCAAAGCCCAAGAAGCCUGCCUUUGCCUUGGCUUCUUGGUCAGGGAGCCCGUGGCCUUGAGUUUGUUAUCUGGGCAGGAAGAUAAAACAACUCGCAGGGAGCAGCCAGAAGAUCAAAUACAAACAGUGUCUCAACAGGGCAAAGUGACACGGUUGCAGUGGAGUCUGAAAGCCCUGAGGUUCUUGGAUGCAAGGUAUGACCAGCAUCACAGAAUAGAAUAGAAUGUCCAUAGAAUCACGAGGCCAGGAAGGGACUUCAAAGUGUCCAAGGCUAUGGCCUGUAGGAAGCCAUCAAGGGCUUAUCUGGGAAGGUGACAUCUACCACUGCUCCAGCAGAACAGGGACUCGGGUGCAGACGUUGACGGCAUGCAGUUAAACACAUGAGGCUCUCUUUCCAGCCCAGCGGACAGAUGUGUCACACUGCUGGAGAGGGGCUGGCGUUUGCUCCUUAGCAUGGGGCUGUGGGUUACUGGGUCUUGUUUCCUCAGGACACACUCUCAGGGGAGACAGGAUGUGUGUCCCGCAAAGUGAAAGGAGGAGGAAAGCUGAGGCAGACGAGGGGGUAGCUCUUAUUCUGCAUCCCCUGGACUGAGAGCCAGGAGACUGGAGUCAGAGCCGAGCGCCACUCAUUUGUUCCUUGCGUGUUUAUUUAACACAUACUACAGGCCAAGCACUGCCCUAGAUAGUGGUAAAUGGUCUCUUCCUGGUGUCCACCCGAGGCGUCCUGAGCCUAUUUCUUUAUCAAGGGGAACGGGGGUGAGGAUCCACUACGGAGUGAUGUGCUGGGUGAUCGUAAACCAACAGGGCAAAGUGACAUGGUUGUGGUGGAGUCCAAAGCUUUGACUCGCUGAUGGACUCAAGCCAGACAGUGUCCUAAGUGCUGGGGAAGCAGAGAUGACUAAAAAGAAGCUCCCAGCCUCCGGGCUAGUGGGCGGACAGACGGUCCUCAGCCCGAGGGAUGCAGAAUGAGAACCACCCCCUCCUCUGCCUUGGCUUUCCUCCUGCCUUCCCUUAGCAGAACCCAGCAUCCCGCCGCCCCGGAGAGAGCGUCCUGAGCAAGACGAGCAGCGCCAGCCCUCUCUGGCAGCGUGGACGUCCUUGAGUGUUUAGCCGCGUGCCCUCGGUGUGCGCGCCUGUGUCCCUGCUCUCCUGGAGGUAGAUGUCACCUUCCCAGAUAAGUCCUGGAGGGCUCCCCACCGCCACCAGGCCCCAGUUCUUGGCCGACUUUCUUCCCGGCGUGGUUGGGGAGGGAGGGGAGCAACUGGAGACAGGACUGCUGUUCCUCGGCUCCUCUCUGUUUGCCCAGAGGUUUCCUCAUAGAGCAGAAUUGCUGAGUGUUCUGUCAGCAUUCCUUCAGGACACUGAGAAAAAUAACAUUUCAGGAGGAGUUGGGCAGUUAGCUCCACAUUGCCUGACUCUGUUGGAUACAGAUCCCCAAAUGGAGAAACAAAUCAAGAAACGAUUACGUACAAAGUAAUAUUUGAAAAUGUUUCUCUUGUAAUGCUUCUAUUCCAAAAUAGUUUAAUGUAUCUAUUUUAUUUCUGAAUAGGCUGACGUGGGUCUGCUAACUCUGCCUUCUCAGAAAGGACUAAAUCUUUAUUCCAGACCCGUAUAUUGAACCCUAAAAUGGCCUUUCUUUUGUAAGAAGAUGCUGAUAAUUAACAGUAGUUGUUUUUUAAAAAUCCUCACUUAGCAAAAUAAAUGUUGGCAGCCCUG